AUGUUCAAACGGACAACACUCCUUUUCGCAUUUUUUUCGCCUCAUUUUUAUAAGGAUGAAUCAAUACUGGCACUGAAUGGAAGUGAAGCAGAGCUGACAUCCGGUAAACUAACAGUCAUUGAUACAAGUCCGGCUGGUUAUUAUGGUACUGAUAAUGACGUCGAUAAUGAUAAUGAUGAUGACAGUGAUGGUGAGGAAGAAGAGGACGAGAAGCCAUCAAGCAGCUGA